ACUUCAAAAUGCUCAUGUCCAAUGACUUAACGUAAGCUCUGAUCUCACACGGUCGCAUAUAUAAAACUAUCUUCACCUCCUCGGUGACAGCGACCACAAUCUUUUUUUUUUUUUAACACCCAGCGACCACAAUCUCUGAGUUCUCACCCUAUGGAUCCAACUGAACCUCAGCAAGUCAGAGGAUUGCGACACGUGGUAGCUAUGCCUUGGCCCGGAAGAGGCCACAUCAACCCCAUGAUGAACCUCUGCAAACGCCUCGUCCUCCGAGACCCUACACUCAUCGUCACAUUCGUCAUCACUGAAGAAUGGCUCGGGUUCAUCGGAUCAGAUCCGAAACCCGACCGGAUCCAUUUCGCUACUCUCCCAAAUCUCAUCCCUUCCGAGCUCGUCCGUGCCGACAACUUCAACGACUUCGUCGACGCCGUCCACAACAUAUUAGAGGAGCCGUUCGAGCGGCUUCUUGACCGCCUCAAGUCUCCUCCUCCGACGGUGAUAAUCUCCGACACAUACGUCGUAUGGGCAGUGCGUGUCGGGGAACGAAGGAAUAUUCCGGUGGUUUCUUUCUGGACUAUGUCGGCCACGAUUCUCUCCCUCAUCCUUCACUCCGAUCUUCUCAUAAGUCACAACCAUGCUCUGUUCGAACCAUCAGAAGCAAAAGAAGAGGAGAUUGUAGGUUACAUACCCGGUCUAUCUCCGACCAAACUCCGAGAUCUUCCGCCACUGUUCAACAGUAACAUCCUCCAAGUCUUCAAGAAAAGCAAGUUAUGUUUCGAUGAGCUUCCCAGAGCUAAGUGCCUUCUCUUCACUACGGCCUAUGAGCUCGAGCCUAAAGCCAUUGACGUUUUCACCUCCAUGUUCGACAUCCCGGUUUACGCUACUGGUCCUUUGAUACCAUUCCAAGAACUCUCCGUUGAAAACAAACGUAGCAAACCUGAUUACAUCAGGUGGCUUGAUGGGCAAGCGAAAAGUUCUGUGCUCUACAUAUCUCAAGGGAGUUUCCUUUCAGUCUCGGAGGCUCAGAUGGAGGAGAUAGUGGGAGGAGUGAGAGAGAGUGGAGUUCCGUUUCUCUGGGUGGCUCGUGGGGGAGAGUCGAAGAUGAAGGAGGCUCUUGAAGGUAGCUCGGGGUUUGUGGUGAGCUGGUGUGAUCAGCUGCAUGUGCUGUGCCAUGCAGCUCUGGGUGGGUUUUGGACGCAUUGCGGGUUUAACUCGACUUUGGAAGGGAUUGAUAAGCUCAGGGGUUAAGCUUACCUGUGUAGAACAGAAAUGGGAGAAGAUAGAGGAAGAGCAAGGGGAGAAGAGAAUUGAGAGAGGAAGAAAUUAGGGUUUAAACCCAGUUUUGAUUAUGAUCGUAAUUCGAUACCUUUCUCUGAUAUAUGUUUUUGAGUACAUAUAGUAGUGUAAAAGGCUUAGACAGUAAAUAAAAAAAUAGAGUAAACGAAGCCCAAUUGUUGGCCCAUCUUCAUCAGUCCGGUUCGUAUCAAUAUUCCCCUCCUGAAGAUCCAACUUGUCCUCAAGUUGUAUGAACUGUUGUUGCCUUCUUGUAUCUUCAACUUGUGAUUGCUUCUGGUCAGCUUCAUGAUGAUAGCAAUCUCCAACUUUCGACCCUUUCUGAAAACAGCUUCCUCCAUAACUAUGUCUUCUGGAUGUCUUUGUACCUUCUUCAUGUUCAUUCCAUUGCCAUUAAAAUUAGACACCGAGACGAGACCAAUGUUCUGGCUGAGACCACGUUUCCUUGACACAGAAACCAUUGUACCUAGCCCACCCUUGUCGUGAUCCAUUUCUGGUGGCCUUGGUGAUUGGAACCAAUCAUAGACAAAGAACUCCACCUUCCCUCUUGGAUCAGAAUUGAUAAACAAGUAACGUCCAUCUGUGUCAUUUUCAGGUGUAUCUUCGUUCAGAACCACUGCUGUCAUAGUGUGAUCAAGGAGCCACCUCGUCUGCUUGUUGUGCUUCCCAUAAUCUGAUAAUGACUCAGAGUAAGCUCUCAUAUCAUAAGUAGAGAGUACGAUGUGCCCUUCAUUCCGCAUCGUUCCAAUUCUAGCACCAUUGUCUCUCUUGUCUUGCUCCACCCACUGAACCAUUCUAAGCCUCUUUUCAAGCUUUACUACUAGAGCAUCGCAUUUGCCAUGGUUAGAAUCCGCACCUUCCGCUUUCAUGUGAUGGACCUUUCUCUUAAACAACUCCAACUCUGAGUUAGCAUAACACUUUUUCAUACUCUGUUCCAUCUCAAGCAAGCAACAUUUUAUAUUGAAAACGAAUUCCUAAAUUUUCUCAACGCUAACCCCACCAGGAUCCCAUUCAUAACCAAUCAUAGGUUCAGAUCCUUCAUCUCUCUGCAGACGUAAAUACAACGGCUUCACAUCAGCAUCAGAGAUCACCUUCCUCAUUUGCAUCCAUAAACCUGCAGCUCUUCGUGAGUUUUCUUUACUUAAACCUUCAAAGCGAUCAUUCAUUAAUGCACACCACAUAACCUUCUCUACUAGUAGUCUACCAAGAUGGUGAUACUUCUCAAACCAAUUUCCUGGAAUCAGGCUAACGAGGCCUCCUGGUUCCCACACACGACUGUUGUAGUUAACCUGACACCACUUAGAGUAAUGAUCACACCCCAUUGGUAGAACCAAGUCUCUUUCUGUGUCAGUCGGUGAAUUCGCCCCCAUUAACUCAUCUGAAAGUCCGUCUGGCUCGAGUUCAUUUCCCUUAUGACUUCCACUUUUAAACCAAACUCUAUGACCCCAACCUCGAACAGCUACUUUUCUUAGUCUCAGAGUUUGUUGGUUGCUCAAGCUUGGAGUCUCUUGUGAGAUCAUAGAAUGUCUCCCUUGUGAAGAAUCUCUUUUGCCUUUAUGACAUCCCAGAUUUGAUCCCUGAAGUUCACUCUUCUUGAUGUCCUUGCCGAUACCCAUGGGAUUACAAUUUAGGCGUCUAUAACUAGCAUCUUUCUCAUACAAAUCAUCAAGCUUCCACUCCUUAGCAGAAUUGAUGAAUUGCUUCUGGUCUGUCAAGUUUAUCUCAAACUCCCUUGUAUCUUCCAUCUUAUCAUCAGGACCCCAAGGAUAUAAACCAAUCCCAAAUUCUCCACUGUCCUUCGAUGUAAGGCGCUCUUGUCCCUCAGCUCGUUGUUCUCGUUUCUUACACCUAAGAAUAUUCUUGCACCUUUCAGAUGACUCAUAGAUUCAGCCCUGGUGGAAGAAACUAUGUCUUUUCUCCAUAACCUUCGUUUCCUCACCUUAUAGUUCCACUCCUGAACCUGAGAUCUUCGAACUUCUACCGUCUCAGGAAGCAUCACGCCCACAUCAUAAAUAAGGGAUCUGGCCUUAUAGCCUGCUUCAGUCCCAGCUUCCGAGAGACAUUUGAACCCCGUUUCCACGGCUCCAAGCGGCUUAACUCGCUUCCUCACCUUAUAAUAGUACCAUCUGACAAUAAGCUUUCUUGUAUACUUUCUUCCUUUGUGAAGCAAUUCUGAUUUCUCCAGCUUGAAAAGUUCCCUAUCUUUUGUAACCUUCUCAUAUGUUACUAUACAGCUUCUCUGAAGUCUAACUUUGAACCGAACCUUAUGAAACCCUCGUUUCUCUCGUUGCCUCAUCUGUUGUUGGACCUGAGAAUGAUUGCCACGGCUCUUAUACUUGUUUAUUUCCUCCGAUUCAGACUCCAGUGUUGCUUCAUCCUGCAAAGACUUCAUCACAGCCUCAGGAUCAUCAUGUUCUAGCGCUUUAACCUCCUCAGCGAAGAUACUAUGAUCCCCUAUCAACGUAUUAACGUGACAAUCUAUAUCCAUAGGAAUAUGAGAGGCAAAGGGAUGCGUCUCUCGCUUCACUCCUGUAUCAACGAUCUGUCUCCUUCCCAUGUGGAUUUGCAAAUCAUUUUUAGUAUCUCUACACCCCGAAGAUUCACAGAACAUUCCUAAACUCUUACAAGCUUCUGCGAGUUUAAUCCGUGUGGCUCUCUUCUCACAAUCAUUAUGCUUCUUCAUCUUCACAGUCUUCACUCUCAUACAACUCCUCUGAGAUGUCGCAAGCUUUGUAAGAUCUAACGAACCAGGCAAAUCAAGACUUCUUCUGGGUGACUUACUUUUCAGUGUCUUAAGUCGAGAUCUGUGGUAGAUUAGCUUGAUCGGAAUCCUUCUGAACCGGAUACCUCCGUUGGGUUUUAUAUCUUCAAACCUUUUAGGGAUAAAACCUUCGGUCAGCUUGUUCAGCGGAAGCUCCUCACGCAGUUUCUGACUGUCCAGUCGAAGCUCCUCACGCAGUUUUCGAUCCACAUCCAUUUGUUUGUAUGAUUGUAGUAGCUUCUCGAGCUUAUCACUUAAAACCAUUUUUUUUUUAAACCUCAAGGUCGAGAGGAACUUGAGCUCUGAUACCAAUGAUAAGCUCAGGGGUUGGGUUUAACUGUGUAGAACAGAAAUGGGAGAAGAUAGAGGAAGAGCAAGGGGAGAAGAGAAUUGAGAGAGGAAGAAAUUAGGGUUUAAACCCAGUUUUGAUUAUGAUCGUAAUUCGAUACCUUUCUCUGAUAUAUGUUUUUGAGUACAUAUAGUAGUGUAAAAGGCUUAGACAGUAAAUAAAAAAAUAAAGUAAAUGAAGCCCAAUUGUUGGCCCAUC